AUGGCUUCUGCUCUAGCUUUGUGCAGUAAAGACGGCACGAACGGACCUUUACAUCCGGUGACAUUCUCUGACCCAGGUCAUUUAUUUUUCUUUGACCGGCUACGAUAUCAAAGAUUGACUGGUCGAUUUUGUGACACUACUUUAAUCAUAAACAACAGCACUGAGUUCAAAGCUCAUCGCAAUGUUUUGGCUGCUUACAGUCCAUACUUUGAUUCUAUAUUGACGUUUAACAGAGUCACCAGUGAAAAGAUAAUAUUAAACAAGGACAAGUACAAUGAAGAUGCGAUGGCGCUUAUUCUGAAUUACAUGUACGGCGAGAGCAUUGUCAUUGACAGAACGAACGUGAGAGAUGUUCUGAAGCUGGCCAACGAUCUUAUCGUAGGUUGUUUACAAUAUUUUGGUUGUUUUUUUAGGAAUUGUGUUGGAAGGGGAUAUUGUCUUAGGUAAUUUGCAAAAAUGGACUUUAAAGUUAAAAGAAUUUAAAAAUUUUGCGGUAAAAGACGGAAUUAAAACAUAGUGAGAGUUAUUACAAAAAUGACAUUCUGAGAACAUUGGCAGAAAAAGAGAAGACAUAAAGAUAAACUUUAGAUCGUUCGAAUCAAAAACCAUUGUUUGGACUACUUGGAGAAGAAUCUGGACGCGGCCAACUGUCUGACCGUCAAAACUCUGGCCGAAACAUAUUCUGUCCAGAAACUGGUAAACAAAGCCAUCGACUUUUUCAAAAGGAACAUCGAAACUGUACUUUUACACAAUGCAGACAUAUUGUCUAUGGAGUUUAAGGAUGUGAAUCUGUUACUGCAAAGACAUGAGAGUUAUAUACAUCCUGACACUGUGCUUGGGUAUGUAUAACAGAAGUAGUGCUGUAAAAUACGUUGUUUAAGCAUGACAUUGUUAAAAAAAUAUUUAAAAUGCCAACUAAUGUCUACAAGACAUAAAAUUAGGUAACAAAAAUGAAAUGUUAAUUUACAGUUUGGUCGUACGAUGGAUUAAUUAUGACAUAUCAAAAAGAGAACAGUAUUGUGGAAGACUUAUGAAAAGAGUAGAUGUGACAAAACUAACGCCAAUUAAACUCGAAAAUGUACUUGACUUUAAUCCUUUCUUCUUGAGUGCUGAGAAGACAUUGUACACGGUGUUGAUGACAUUGUAUGUUCGAAAAGAGUUUUCAAAACUUAAAAGAAUGGCACUAGUUAAAAAAAAGGUUUGAAAACAAAGAAUGACUUUUUUACGUUUCAUAUUGGUCAAAAGAUAAAUGAAAAGAAGUUAAAUAGUAGUUUAGAUUUUAAAUCAAACAUCACAAAAAUUAAAAUUAGAAAAUUUUAGAAAAACGAAGAACUACCUCAAUGAAAAGUACAUGCCAAAGUUGUUAGAACUACAACAAAAGUAUGGUUAUCAAGACAUUGGCGAUGUUGGAAGUGGAGAUGAAGAGCUUUCUGAUGGAGAAAACUUACAGUAAGUUAAUUUACAAGAAUUUUUUGAAUAAAGUAAGUGUUUUAAUAAUGUAUAUUACAGUGAAAGCACGGUAGACGAUCAUUCACUCAAGUUGCGAUUGAAAAUAAAGAAGAAGAAGCGCAGUAAGUUUUUGUCUUUAUACCUAAACAUAUAAUAUAUUAAUAGCUAAUGUUAUAACUACUAGAACUCAAGUCAGUCUUCUUUAUACCUGAAACCUUUACCAUAGUAAGUUUCAUGCCUUUUUGGGUUCUUUAUGUAUUUAAUGAGAAAACUUUAGGGCAUUCGUAUUCAGAAGAAGGGUCUCGGAAGCGAGGACGGCCACGAGUUUAUCGACCAGUCGGGAAUGAAUUGGAUCCGGAUAUUGAGGAAGAGCCAGAAAGUUUAUUUUACCAGUUUGAGGAUUCUAAUGAUGGCAAUAUUGUAAGUAUUAACUUUAUAUUUUGAAAGUACUAAUCUUAUACUUAACUUUGUAGUAGAAAAUCAUGAUAACAUAUUUUUAACUACAAAAAAUACCGUAUUUUAGGGCUUUGAAGAGCCAGAUGAAAAAGAUCCAGCUGAAGUGUCAUUAGAAGAUCAAGUAGGUAAAGAUUCUGAGAACGAAACUGGCCAGGUAUGUUUAUAUACAGUAUAGUUUUACGUUGUGCAAGAAUGAUUACAGUCAAUUGUAUGCUUACAGUAAUUUAUAUAAUCAUAUUACAGUACGACUUACCAUGUGAACAUUGUCCAUUCAAAACCAAAAACCGUGAUCAACUGACGAGACAUAUGGCAACAGCACACUCACUUAACGUGCUGUAUUACUGUAACAUCUGCAACUUUGAAUGUCGUUGGAAUCGCACCUUCUACGAUCAUAUGCGACAGCACUUCCAGGUAUGUGGUAUUGUAGUCUAACAAGGGAAUGUUACAAACCGCCCAUUCGCUUUUUAAAAAUGAAUGGUACCAUGUGAAAGAGCGUAAAAAGUUGACUAAAAAUCUAUUUUUAAAAACUGCUAAUUUUGCUUUACAAGCCCGCUAGCGAGCUUUUAAAGUUUUUACUAUCAAAACGGAUUUUUUAAACCCGCUUUCUUUUGGCUUCUUUCAAAAAGGAGAAGUAAAUGUGUUCGAAUGGCCGAGUGGUCAAAGGCGCCGUGAUUGCGCAAACAAUGGACUUUAGGUUCGAUUCUCUUUUUGGGUAAAUGAUUGUUAUUCUUUUUUAUUUAAAAGUUACUUAACUUAAAUAUUCAAAAAAAAUUUUUUUGUUGGUAAUGGCUUCUUACAUCUAAUAAAACAUAAAAAAGUAAAAACUAAGGUUUUUAAAAAUACAAUAAUCCAAAAGAAAGAUAACAACUUAUAAGGCCCUUUCAAUAAUGAUUUUAAAACCUCGCUAGCGGGCUUGUAAGGCAAAAUUAGCAGUUUUUGAAAAUAGAUUUUUAGGCAACUUUUUACGCUCUUUCACAUGGUACCAUUCACUUUUAAAAAUCGAAUGGGCAGUUUGUAACAUUCCCUUGUAAGUACGUAUGCAUGUUAAUCUGAUGUGACGUGCUUUUGGUGACUUACAGGGUUACUUAAGUUCAAUAAAUAGUACAUGCUUGAGGGUUCCUUUGCAUUAUGCUACAGAUUACUGUAGUAUGAGCUUUGUUAGCGGUAGUACUGUAGGUUUAGAGGUCUUAUUGGUUGAGGUUUCAAUUUUAUAGCAGUAUAGUAAAUUGCUUGUACACUGUAUAAGAUUCGGACAUGUUACAGUAGAGUAGUAUACUUUUUAUGCUACUCAACUUUUAUACUUGAUAGUACGUACUUAAUAGUACUGUUCAUUUUUAUAUUCUCUGGCUAUUACUUACGUUUCGUCGUUUUACUAUGAAAACCCUCCGAUAUACUGUAAUAUAUGUUUCUUUCGUAAUGUUUACCGGUAUGUUAAGUCUAUUAUACUAUUUGCGACGUCACAUAAGGCAUACUUAACGAGGGUGGAUUUGUGUACGUUUCUGGUGGAGUUUCCGUUGGAAAUAGCAUGUAAUGCGGAUAUGGUAACAUAUGUUUUGUCAUCCCCAUCCUACGUCAAAUGGGAUUAUCUGUUUUUGUGAAGCACGCCUUUUGCUAGCCGUCUGUUUUCAGUUUACAGUUUAGUACGGUAAUGGGUAUGGUUCGGUAGUACUGUAGAUUUUUGCAAUUUAAUUUUGUAACGUUUAAUAAUAAUUUGGAUUACAGUAGGUAGAAUUUGUCUAUUGGUUGGUUUAUAGUAUUUUAUAUGGUCUUGUUUACAAUAUAUGUAUUAUCUUGUACUGCAAUUUUUUUUAAAUUUUGGUAUUUCAGACUGUUCCAUAUCAAUGUGAGUUCUGUUCCUACAGUGUAGAUCGUAUGCACGUUCUUCUGUCACACAGACUCACUCACAGUAAGUUCUUUAAUCACAAGUUUCUUUUAUAUAUUAUACACCUUUUGUGUUACCUAAAUUAUGUUUAAUACCUAUGACAAUAUAGUUCACGUAUUUACCUAAUAUAAUUAUAUUGCACUUGAUUAUACUAAAAAUACAGAUGUUUGUUGUUUAUUCAAACCUUAAAUAGGUAAUCGCAAUUGACGUAGGGAUUACUAUUUUACUGCGAAAGUGUAAUACGGUCAUGGAUAAGCACUACUAGUUAGGUUCGGCAUAAGUUAUGCCGAACCUAACUAGUAUAGAAUAAAAGGGUAUAAAUAUAGUUUUUGCUGCAUGAUUCGUAUAUUGUUAGCGUAUUAGGUUUGCAUUAUCGUAUCUUUUAUUCAAAAGUUUAAAAAUACUUUUAACUGUGUACUAAAUUUAAAAAAAGCUUUUAAGUUGCACUGUGCAGCCAUUUUUAAACUUUCAUUGUAAAACAGUAGAAAAAGACAUACAAGUGUUUCAGCUAUAUUGUAGUAUGAUGUAUAUGACAAUUACAUUUCAGCUGACGAGAAACCUUACAAGUGUACUGACUGCGACUUCCGAUCCAGGUCCAAGACCAAUCUGAUAGUGCACUAUCGAGUUCACAGCGGCGAACGGCCAUUUGAAUGCAAGAUAUGCGGUAUAUACUUUGAUUACGUUGUAAAUUAUGGUUAUUGUAGACCUAUAAGAAUGUUUUCUUUUUGCGGUCAAAAAGUUCAUAGAAGAAUUUUAGUUUUAACCCUCGGAUUCUGACAAUCUCAAAAAAAAAACUUAUAUUAUGACAGUUUCCUAAUAUUAAUUUUUACGAUAAUUUUAUGUUGUUUUAGGUAAGCGAUUUGCUGUCCGAAGAACGUUGGAUCAACACAUGGCAACUCAUUCCGGAAAUCGGUACGUGUAGCUUGGUUACUAUAACAUACUUCAUAUAUAUAGCCAUCUUAUGUUAUUUCCUACCUCAAUAUACAAAAAUCAUUUACCAUAUACACCUUUCAGACCUUUCCAAUGCGAAGAAUGUUCGUUUACCACCAAGUACCAAAGCCAUCUUGUCAGUCACCGUCGUAUCCACACUGGAGACCUCUUCAGAUGCCAAGAACCUGGUUGUGAAUAUGUAUCGCCGAAGAAGAGUCAGCUGGCUGCUCAUCUUCGUACUCAUCUGGCAGUACGACCUCAUCAAUGUAAAACCUGUAAUAGGUCUUUCAUCGAGAGAUCACAUUUGGUACGACACGAAAGGAUCCAUCUCAAGGACAAGCCCUUCAAAUGUGAUCUGUGUGAGUAUGCAUCAUCCAGAAGAGACAAACUGAAGGAGCACUUCCUAAAGCAUCAUACUGCGACCAGUAAGAGCAAACAGUACCGGCAUAAGGACAAGAAGAAGGGCCAUGAAGGGGGAGACUCUCAGAAGACAAAGGUCAGUUUGGGGGAUGCUUGGAGUUUGGAACAGUGAUUAACAUAGCAUAAUUUUAAUACUGUAAUAUAUAUAAACUAUCACUUUUUUGUUUUAUUUGUAAUAUUGACCUUGAAAUUAACUGUAAUAUCAUUUUUUGCAGUUCCUAUCCCCCGGCUACAUCUUCCGCCCCAUCACCCAAGACUUUGACCGCCGUGAACACUCGAACAGCGUUCCAAUGGGUGGGUACGAUGAAGAGUUAGCCCAGCUUGAAAUGCAAUGUCAUUCCAACCCUUCAAUGCUACCUCCAAACCAGAUUCAGCGUCAAAUGUCAGUGCCAAUCGACUUCCGCCAUAACCAAGGGAUGCCACCCAUACCCGAAGGCAGUCCAAUGUCACAGACCCCGAUCCCAGAGAACAUGAACAACAUGAUGUUCGACGUGGGCAUGGUGCAUUCACGAUCGUAUUCGAAUGCUGAUAUGCCACAGAGUAGUUUUAAUCAGCUACCGAGCUCAUCGAUGAGUUUGGACAACUACCCGGUCGAUUUCAAUCAGCGACCGGUCGAUUUGAAUCAAAGACAGGUUGAUAUGAACCAACGAACAGUGGACCUGAACCAAAGACAGCUUGAAUUGAAUCAAAGACUAGUAGAUAACCAACUACCUGUCAGUCAGAUCAACAAUGACAUGAGGAAUACGCUAUCCAAUGAAUACGCUGGAUACAUGGAUAACAUGGGAGGUCAGAUGAUGGUGGAACGACCCAGAAGUCAGCCGACUCUACGAUACCCUCAGGGCAUGGAAUACAACAAUAUGCGGAAUCAGCAGCAACCAGGAUCUUCGUUAUCGUCUCAACCACCCAAUCAAGAACGUCCUGAUUGGUACUAG